AUGUGCCAGAAAGAGAACCAGCCGAUUGAUGACUUCAUUGCUGAACUUCAGCAUCAAGCGGUAAUGUGUGACUUCGGUGACAAGCAUGACUGCCUCCUAGGCGACAGGAUCAUGGUCGGCUUCCGAGACACAGUGCUUCGAGAAAGGUUGGUCCAUGAGAAAGACUUGACACUGGAGAAAAUCAUCGCUACGUGCAGAUCGGCAGAAAUUUCAAAGCAGCAUGUGACCUCACUAGCAACAACUUCGCAUGAACAAGAAGCAACUGUGGCCAGAUUGAGCAAAGGCAAGCAAUUUCGACAGCUUGACAAGCAUCACACGAGAAGGCAACCAGCGUAUCAUCUAAAGAAUGGGCAGCCCACAGAAACAGCAGCUCAGCGUACGUGCGCCGGGUGCGGAACGGUGCAUCAACCCCGACAAUGUCCCGCCUACGGCUCAACAUGUUACAACUGUGGAAAGUUCGGACACUUCACGACUGUUAGCCGUCAGAAAGAACGGACAAUACAGAAAAAAGUUCACGUUUUCUCCGACCAAGGGGACGACCCCGAACAGGAAUUAUUUUUAGAAAACCUCACAGUGGACAUCGUGGAAAGUGCAUCGUCUGACAGGUUCGAGUGUGUCGAAGUGAAUGGUCGUCUCGUUAACUUUAAAUUGGACACGAGUUCAGAUGUCAACAUUCUCUCAGAGCAGCUAGUACUAAACUGGAACCCGCAAUCAACAGUGAAAGCUACGAAUGCCAAGGUCACCACGUACCUAGCAGCCAAUGACGGUAUCUUUGAACAUCAAGCUGUUGUAACUCCAUACUUUGACGACAUUUUGGUUGCAUCCAAAACACCAGAUGAACAUGUUGUUCACUUGCGUAAAGUGCUCAGCACAGCACGAGCUAACAACCUCAAGCUGAAUUAUAACAAGGUCAAGCUGGGUUUGCCAACAGUCACCUACCUAGGACAUCAGUUGACACAACAAGGCGUCACUCCUGAUCCCAGCAAAGUGAAGGCUAUCAAUGCUAUACCAGCCCCAACCUGCAAAGCAGAGCUUCUUCGCUUCCUCGGCAUGGCGACUUACCUAAUGAAGUUUGUCCCAAAUUUUUCUGCGAAGACACAGCCCCUUCAAGAACUUCUCAAAUCUGAUGUUGCAUGGCACUGGAUGCAAAAGAUGACCGAUGCAUUCAAUGACAUCAAGAGCAAACUGACAACAGCACCAGUCUUGCACUACUUUGACCCGGCAGUCUAUUGUCAUAUCCACUGA